CAUUCGACCUCCAGACCACUCUAGUUUAACAACAUCUGCCUGGCUCCCUCUGAGUCCACUGCCUGCAAGAGCUCAUACUUCUCCAGGCCACCCAGUACCUUCCCCAGGCCGCCCAGCACCCGCUGGCUGCACCCCACCAGAAGAGAAUGGAAGGACCUAAGACGAGCAAACAUGGAACUACGGCUAAAGGCAGUGUAGAAGAUAACCGAAUUACAUCAUCAUCCUCACUGAGGCUGGUCCUGGUGGGCAAAUCCGGCUGCGGGAAAAGUGCCACUGGGAACAGCAUCCUCUGCCAGACUGUAUUUGAGUCCAAACUGGGGGCCCAGACCGUGACCAGGAGCUGCCAGGUGGCCACAGGCACAUGGAAUGGGAGGAACAUUAUGGUGGUUGACACGCCCUCCAUCUUUGAGGCAAAGGCCAAGGAUCAAGAGAUGUACAAGGACAUCGGGGACUGCUACCUGCACUCAGCCCCAGGACCCCACGUGUUCCUGCUAGUGACACAGCUGGGGCGCUUCACUGCCCAGGACACGGUGGCAGUGAGGAGGGUGAAGGAGGUCUUUGGGGUAGGAGCCAUGAGACAUGUGGUGGUCCUCUUCACCCACAAGGAGGACUUAGGGGAUGGGUCCUUAGAUGACUAUGUAGUCAACACGGACAACCACAGCCUGAGGAGCCUGAUCCAGGAGUGUGGGAGGAGGUACUGUGGCUUCAACAACCGGGCCACUGGGGAGGAGCAGAGGGAGCAGCUGGAGGAGCUGAUGGCUGUGGUCAACAACCUGGAGAGGAAGCGCAAGGACCCCUACUACACAAACGACCUCUACUUGGAUGCACAGGAGCUCAUGGAAGGCAGGGAUGACAUCACUCAAGAAGAGUACAGGUGUUACCUGGCCAAGGUGAAAGCACAUUUUGAAGAGCAAAAGCGUCACUGGGUGUCCAAGGUGCUCCUCAGAGUCACAGACUGUAUGCUUUCUAAUACUGGGUUAUCUGCUAUACUUGUGUUAUGCCUUCUGAUUUUUCUUGCCCUUUUAAUUAACUUGUGUAUGACUCAAGGACACUGAGCAUUUUCAGCUGACUUCGACAAUUGGCUUCUUUUUUUCAAGACUCACCAUCUCUGUUUAUGUUUGUAAGAACCUGAUUUGCUUUUUGCUUAGAUUUAGUUUUCAUUUCUCUUCCUUGCAUUAGACAUGUCAUUCAUGUUCUCCUAGUGCUUCUGAAUAAAUAAAAUCCAAAGAAAAAACUAUUUCUUUUUUGUUUUGUUAAAAAUCAUGGAGGUAAAUAAUAACUUAGCUAGACACAAUCCUGGAAUCUUUGGGAGGGUUUUAAGGGAAGGAAGGUGAGAGGACUGUGAUAUUACACAUUGAGGGAAGAAGUAUAUUACAUUAGAAGCUGGGUGUAGAAUUCCUUUUAAUAUUCAGAAAUAUGCUCUGAUUUCAUCAUAGGCAGUAAGAGAUGACACCCAUCACCAUCCCCACCUGACAGAGGAUGUUCUGGGGGGAAUUUUGGAGGCAUGAAGGGGUUGGGGAAGAAGGUGGGAGGAAACAUAGACAUGUGAGGAGUAGAGAAAAUGGUCACAGAGGUGGGAUGGGGUGAGGCCUUGGGGAAAGAAGAGACAGUGUCUGGGGGAAAAAAAGAAACUGGGGUUUCAUAGAACAGAGCCAGAUAGUGGAUUAGCCUCAGCAGACUACAUGAUCUCAGUCACUUACAAAGGAAAUGGUGGAUGGACAAGAUGUAAGUGAUGUGUGAGGUUGAAUUCCAUAAAACUUUAUGAACAUUGAAAUUUGAAUUUCACUGGCUUUCUUAUGUGGUGAUGAAACAAUCUUCUUUUUAUUUCUUCAACUUUUUAAAUACCUAAAAGCCCUUCCUUCUUAGCUGAAAGACUGUAAAACUGGCACCAGGCCAAUGUGGUCACACACCCUUUUACAAUAAAUUCCCAUUGUUGGUG